AUGCAUGUCGAAAAUGGCCCUGAGACCAGCGAUGAUCUGGCUCUGGCCCGACUGGGCAAAAAGCAGGUGCUGAAGCGACGAUUCAAUUUCAUGGCGAUCGUCGGUUUCGCAAUGGCCGAGUUGAUCACCUGGGAGACUGUUCUCACCUUGUUCUCCCAGUCAUUUGACAAUGGUGGUCCUGCGGGCGCCUUCUAUGGCUAUAUUAUUGCCUGUUUGUCGACAUUAUCGACAUAUACAGUCAUCGCAGAGCUGGCCUCAAUGGCACCCAUUGCCGGAGGGCAGUACUACUGGGUCUACAUGCUCGCACCGAUGCGUUGGAAGAAAGUCUGCAGCUACUUGAUUGGCUGGCUGACCUCCCUUGCAUGGAUCGCUACGAUCGCGACGGAGACGAUAUUCCUCGGUACGAUGAUCGAGGGUCUCAUCACCUUGAACAACCCGGAUUUUGCUCAGCAGCGUUGGCAGAACACCCUCCUGGCAUGGGCCAGUGUUGCGGGAACCUUCUUCAUCAAUGUGGUAGUACCUCAUAUUCUCCCUCGUUUCGAAAUUUUCAUGUUGGUCUUGCAUUUGGCAGGAUUCAUCGCGAUCACUGCUGUGCUUUUGGCCAUGUCACCCAAGAAAUCGGCAGAUUUUGUCUUCCACACCACGUUGAAUGAAGGCAACUGGCCAACACAAGGAAUUUCUUAUUGUGUUGGCUUUAUUGGCAAUAUUGCUACUUUUGUCGGAGCUGAUGCCAGUGUGCAUAUGGCGGAAGAAGUUGCCAACGCCGCGGUAGUGAUCCCCCAAGCGAUCAUUGCGGGCAUGUCCAUCAACAGCGCCCUCGGAUUCUCGAUGAUGCUCACGGUUUUAUUCUGCCUGGGCGAUGUCGAGUCUGUGCUGAACACUGCUACAGGGUUCCCCUUUAUUCAAAUUUUCUACGACGUCACGCACUCGUAUGCUGGCGCCUCGGUGAUGACCGCCCUCAUCAUGGUACUGACUAUGGCCUGUUCGACCGGUAUCACGGCCACUGCAUCUCGUAUGACCUGGUCUUUUGCUCGAGACCAGGGCUUGCCCUUCUCCCACUAUCUGAAGAAGGUGAACCAUCGCACCAAAGUCCCCAUCGUAUCUGUUACUGUAGUCUGCGGUCUCGCAUGUGCCCUGACGCUCAUCUAUAUCGGAUCCACCACUGCCUUUAACGAUGUCAUCUCCCUCACCGUGACUGGAUUCUACGGCACCUAUUUCCUCCCCAGCGCGUUCCUUCUCUACCAUCGCAUCAAAGGAAAUGUACUGCCCCAUGGCACUAUGAUGGACGGUCUCUCGGAUUCUGCCGUCGCUGCCACCAGCGCCACUGCCAACUCUGCGGAGAAACCUGCUACCCCUGUGCGCCCCAAGAGCCUAAUUGACAAGGAAACCCCCACUUCAGGCCCUUCACAGAGCCCCGAACGCAACAUUCCUGAGAAAAAGGGCAUUCAGCCCACUGAGUAUGCCAUCGCCCAGGCACCUCUGAUCUGGGGCCCAUGGAAGGUCCCUGGCAUCCUCGGUACUAUUAACAAUGCGUACGCUUGCGUGUAUAUGUUAUUCGUUAUCUUCUGGAGUGUCUGGCCUCCAGAGACCCCUGUGGAUUAUACGACCAUGAACUACAGUAUCGUCGUGACAGGUGGCGUGCUGAUCCUGAGUGGUAUCUGGUACUUUGUCCGUGCUAGGAAAGAGUACUCGGGUCCUCUCAUUGAUGAGGAGGUUGCUGAGAUUAUGCACCUUGCCCCUGCAGCGAUUGCUGCAACAGUUCCGAAGACUGACUAA